UACCAGCAUGAUCUCGUUGAUCAUUCCUCCCAAAGACCAGAUCUCGCGAGUGGCAAAAAUGCUAGCGGAUGAGUUUGGCACUGCCUCCAACAUUAAGUCCCGAGUGAAUCGCCUUUCAGUGCUGGGAGCCAUUACAUCUGUACAGCAAAGACUGAAACUCUAUAACAAAGUACCUCCAAAUGGUCUGGUUGUUUACUGUGGAACAAUUGUGACAGAAGAAGGAAAAGAGAAGAAAGUCAACAUUGACUUCGAACCUUUCAAACCAAUCAAUACGUCGUUGUAUUUGUGUGACAACAAAUUCCACACAGAGGCCCUUACAGCACUGCUCUCCGACGACAGCAAGUUUGGCUUUAUUGUAAUAGAUGGUAGUGGGGCACUCUUUGGAACUCUUCAAGGAAACACACGAGAAGUCCUGCACAAAUUCACUGUGGAUCUUCCAAAGAAGCAUGGUAGAGGAGGUCAGUCUGCCUUGCGUUUCGCUCGUUUGAGGAUGGAGAAGCGACACAACUAUGUGCGGAAGGUGGCAGAGACAGCUGUGCAGCUCUUCAUCUCUGGGGACAAGGUGAACGUGGCUGGGCUCGUUUUAGCUGGAUCAGCUGAUUUCAAAACUGAAUUAAGUCAGUCUGAUAUGUUUGAUCAGCGGUUGCAAUCCAAAGUGCUCAAACUAGUUGACAUUUCAUAUGGAGGAGAAAAUGGGUUCAAUCAAGCAAUCGAAUUGUCAACUGAGGUCCUCUCCAAUGUGAAAUUCAUCCAGGAGAAGAAACUAAUAGGACGAUACUUCGACGAAAUCAGCCAGGACACGGGGAAGUACUGUUUUGGCGUGGAAGAUACACUAAAAGCUUUGGAAAUGGGAGCAGUAGAGAUACUGAUAGUCUAUGAAAACCUGGAUAUAAUGAGAUAUGUCCUGCACUGCCAAGGCACAGAGGAGGAGAAGAUCCUGUAUUUGACACCAGAGCAAGAGAAGGAUAAAUCCCACUUCACAGAUAAGGAGACUGGGCAGGAACAUGAACUGAUAGAAAGUAUGCCCCUCCUGGAGUGGUUUGCAAACAACUACAAGAAAUUUGGAGCAACAUUGGAAAUUGUUACAGACAAAUCACAGGAAGGAUCUCAAUUUGUGAAAGGAUUUGGAGGAAUUGGAGGUAUCUUGCGGUACCGAGUGGACUUCCAGGGAAUGGAAUACCAAGGAGGAGAUGAUGAAUUUUUUGACCUCGAUGACUACUAGGUAGUCGACCUGGGUCCGGCAACACGUGCCUCACCCCUCCAGCAUCCAACCCAAGGAGCAAACUCAUGGUGGAAAACACAACAGAUCCCUGCCUUAGAAUUGGAACAUUUCCAGAACUUGAUCCACAAACAUUGGAUUAAAAAAAGCAAAACCCUACACUUUGAUUUGUCAUAGUGUCAGUACAGCAGCAAACUACUAAGUUCCUAUAUGCCACUUUGGACUAAUUUAAAAAGAAUCCCAGUUUUUACUUUUACUCAAUGGUGAAAUUGGUUGCUCUUGUAUUUUAUGGAAAUGAUUUUUUUUAACCUUCAUGAUACAUUAACUGCUGUAAACUUCUUCCUUCAAAAAUUAAUAGAAGUAAGAUCCUACUGGUUUGUUUCUUUACACUUUGAUUGGAGAAAUCAAUUGCUGCAUUUUGCAGCGCUGUGACCCAUUUACAUGGCAUUCUCAGCUUAGACUGCAGAAGAAAUGCAACAAGGUUGGAGCUGUUAUUCUCUUCAAAACCUUGAGAAGGCACUGACCUGAGUGCUAGUUUAUAAUGUGUGGCUUGCAAAUUCUGGUGGUUUGAGGAGGCUCACCAGCCAAACGUGCUUUAAUCUAUUUGCAGAAACACUGCUCUUAGAAACUAGGAAAUGCACUUCAUGGAUUGCAAUGGAAAUGCUGCUGAAGUCUUGAGUUUAAUUUGGAUCUGAGCAGUGCAGCCUUCAGGAAUUUAUUAAUUUUUUUUCAGUCUUGAUAAAAAUAAAGGUGAGAUUUCAGUGGA